CAAAUUCUGAACGAUAUCGGACCACGGAUAGUUUGCGAACAGGCCUUUUUUAUUCUCGUCUCGCCUCUGGUCAUCCUCUCCAAGUCCGUUUUUACAGUUUUAUUUUGUUUCUUUUUUGAAAUUUCAAAGUUUAAAAAUGAAAUAAAACGACCCCCGAUGGAAGGUUUGUUACAUUCUUUGACGAAAUUGGCCAAAGGACAGCUUUUGACAGUUUCACGAAGCGUCAGUUUGUUGCAAAAUGCCAAAUACGGCAGAAUCGCUGAAGUUGGCAAACUGGAAAAACCAAAAGUCGGGGAUGAUUAUAUGACGGGGCAGGUAUUUCUUCAUCGAGUUUUUGGAUAUCGAGGUGUUGUUCUCUUUCCAUGGAUUGCUCGAGUUUACGAUCGAGAUUAUCCUACUCAACACGAAAGGAUUCUUGAAGAAAUGCCAAAUCAUGAUGGGAAAGAGAUCAAAGGACGAACACAUACUUUUUAUCAAGUAUUAAUUGAUUCCCGUGACUGCCCUCAUAUUAGGGCACAGACAGAAGCGGUAACUUUCUUAGGAAAUCAGGAGGGCAGUAGAAGUUUGUAUGCGAUUCCUGGCUUAGACUAUGUUGCACAUGAUGAUAUUCUGCCUUAUAUCGCUAGUGAAAAGCAACCCGUCCAUCAUGAACUGUUUGAUAAAUUUUUAGUAUAUAAUUCUGGAAAAGAUCCUCCAUUCGUAGCAAAUGAUACAUUACGAGCAUGGCAAAAAAAGAAUCAUCCGUGGUUAGAGUUAUCAGAUGUUCACAUAGAGACUACAGAAAACAUUAGAAUAACAGUUAUUCCAUUUUAUAUGGGAUCAAGAGAUAAUCAGUCUUCUCUUGUAUACUGGUGGCGAUAUUGUAUUCGCUUGGAAAACUUGGGAGAUGCAACUGUACAGUUGCGCGAAAGGCACUGGAGAAUAUUCAGUUUAAGCGGAACUUUGGAAACAGUGAGAGGGCGAGGGGUGGUGGGACAAGAGCCUGUCCUUUCUAAAUCAUCACCUGCUUUUCAAUACAGCAGUCAUGUCAGUUUACAGGCUCCAAGUGGACACAUGUGGGGAACGUAUAGAAUGGCCAGAGAAGAUGGUUAUACUUUCGAUUGCCGAAUACCACCGUUUUCACUGGAGAGCAAGACUGAUGAAGAGAAUCCAAAUCCUCCUUCUGUUUCUGCCUAAACUUGCAUUAGAAUUGUGCUGGCAUUGAGAUCUUAGUAUUAAAGCCAUGUCUCUGUUUUCUGUUAAUGUAUUACCUCGAUGACACCAUCAUCAUUGGAAGAGGUUUUACUAUAAAUUUUAUAAAGAAUAAGAAAUAAAACUGUUUAACAAGACGUUUAA